UGCGCUCUGAAGCUGCAAAAUCCAAGUUCUGAUGCUUGAGACUUUGAGAAGAAGGGUGGCUAGAAUCAGACAAGAAGAUCCAUUUGGAAGCUCUCAUUGUUUCAUCGGCUUUGCUUCAAUCCCUUAUUAUCUGAGGAGAUGAAGAAAGGGUUGCACCCUCAGAUGCAAUGGAUAUCUUAUGUGACCCAGAGUGGCAGAUUGAUGCACGUUAUGAUGACCAAAAUCCACCAUGUUGGUAAGGUCUACCACUUGAAGGCGAAACGGCAAAUGACAGAGAACCUCGGGCAGGUUGCCAAGUUCAGGCAACGUUACGAGAAGACUGCUGCCCCGAAAGAGGAACCUUGAUUGUCACUUUGGUGUGGAUUUCAGAUUUCAAAGUGUUUGAAUUCUUAGGUACCUUUGUUUUAGAAUAAAUAUGAACUUGUUUUGUGAACUUUUAAGCACUUGUUGCUGCUCUAGGUUUUGUUUAACUUUCUGUUCUGAUCAUGGUUCUUAUGCUAACCACAGUUGAUAUUUUUCUUGGGAGUAUUAUUGAUCUGGUUCUGGAGUUA